UUCCCCUCACUGGCACUUCCUCUUUCACCCUCUCGGUCCUUCUGCUGGCCUCAGCGCUUUCGUUCUCCUUACGAUUGAUUACGAUCGCCUGCCAGCGUUCUGUCUCCUCCCAGCGGUCCAUUUUCAUCUGGGCUGUGCGAGUGUGUACUGCGCGGCGGGGGGGUUGCGGUAGUCUAGCACUCAUGGCCACCUUCAUGGGCAAGCCCGGUGCAAGCUCGGCUAUGGCUGCUGCCUUGCUGCUGACAGUCUUGAUAUCCCUGUCGUCACAGCUUGUGAUGGGUCAAUCAUGCAACUUCAGGAGCAGCGGAGGUCGAGUGACGUUAUCGGACGGUGAUAUUUGCUUUGAUGGACCUAUCGUCCACAGGGUGGGCGGUGUGGAGAAAACGACACUUUUCGUUAACUCUGGGCCCUGCGCCUAUGGUCCUUGCUCGGGUGGUAAUUGGAACUAUGCCCAGUGCGGUCGGAACUUCUACACCUCAGGAAACCGUGUCUGCAGGAGAAACCCGCACGAGCCGGUUUAUGGCGAGUGCGUCAUAAUAGAAAUCACUCAGGCUACAUACACCGACAACACCAACUGGAGGGGGGAGGACUGCAUCAUCAUCAGGACAAGCCCGUGAACAUGAGGAUCAGAUAGGCGAGCUCUAGAAUAGGGGUUUUUCUUCCAAGUCUCAUAAGUCACGUGGGUGAAGUGUCAUAAGUCACUCUGGCUUGUCACGCAAGCAAGGGUGAUUUGUUAAGUCAGGAUCACUUCCUUGAAUUCAGUAAGAGGCGCAGAGAAGCUUAUGACCGCGACGAUAGUCAUCCACCCACCAGCCACUCAGUGCAUACCAGGAGAAGGGGAGGAGAAGGAGAUCCUCCUCUUCUUUUUAAUGUUUUCGUCCUUCGCCUGCUCUGCUCGUGCUUUGUGCGCUACAAUAGAAAGGGGUAAGGGUUGUUUGGAGCUAAGCAUGCACAUCUUCAAGGAUCCAGGCGACACUAAAGAGAAGGAUAUUGAGAGGGAAGGAGGGGGAUUGAUGGGGGAAGACCGUGCAAAGGAGGCGAGCGGCAAAGUGAUGCCAGAAGAAGCCGUUGGCAAAAACGCAAUAGUUCAGGGGGAAUUCGAGAUGGGGGAGAGGUCGGAAGUGGCGGAAGUCAAGGGGGCGGCGGCAGACGGGACGAGGACGGUACGUCUGGGCCGGGAGGAGGACGGGGACAAAGCGCGGAGGGGGGGGAAGUGGCCGGAGAAGCUCCGUCGUCAAAGAGUUGCGAAAUCGAAGAAGAUCGAGGCUAAGACGGGGAUGCGCGACCUGGCGAAAUUGCAAGAGGGUUCGAAAUUGAAGAAGCUGAGCAGGGAGAGCUGGCUCAAUAUUAAAACUCAUGGCGAAGUGGAGAGCGGAUCGAUGGUAGAGCAGGCCAGUGGAGUGGAGCUUCAGAUCGACGACGCUAGAUGGCCUAGACCUCUAGAGACAGUAGUGUCAGGCAGGGUGGCGCUGGAUCUGCCGGCCAGAGGGGUUUCCGCGGAUGCGAUAGAGAGUCGAUGGUCAUGGACGGUGUUGGGGUCAGUCGUACACUUGUGGACAUAUGUCAUCGAGACGUUUGAGCUAGACAGUCAGAGGUGGCGACGGCCAGGCAUGACUAGCAUACAGGUAGUGGGCCACAUUUACUACUCGCGGGAGGUGCUAGCCACAGUCUAUUUUCACGGCAUCGUGCAUUAUUAUUGGCGAGAGGAGCAGAGCGCGAGGAGGAUCUUACUGGCUCGAGCGGGCUCCACACGGGGCGAGGUAGAGCGGCUGCACGAGGGUGUUCGGAGAGUGAUGACGACCUUGAGGAUUGGGGGACACUUCCCGUAUCUUAGCAGUCGACUGCGUGUGACACUCCCGUGCUUCAUGGCGGAGGAGCUUUGGGGACUUAGACGUCUGGGUGAGAUCUACUUUGCGGCUCUUGACUUGGAUAACCUUUGCCGAGGGUACGCUGACAGGGACUGGGUGCUGUAUGCACAGUUUGUAGCGGGGCCGCUUGUAGGCGAGCGAGGGCUGCAGUUGAUUAAGUUCCUGCGGGCCAUUGUACCUACUGGGAGCCCUGACCUGUAUUCUAUGUACCAGCCCCUAGCCUUCUGGACGAUGCUAGAGAGAGAGGCUCGGAGGCCUAUAGAUCAUUUAGCUGGAGUAGGACAGUUGUUAGCCGAGACUCGUGAGGAGAGGCCGGGCCAUCUGAUCUCGACCGGGGAAGUUGGGGAGUAUUACCAGCAGGUAUAUCCAAAGGCAGACGAUCUUGCGUGGUACGCUGAGGAUUGGAAGGAGUUCGAUGACAUAGACCCUUGGGGUGACCAGGACGAGGGCUGGGGAGAUCUGGUGCGGGCCGAGGGACAGGAGCAGGAAGGUGGAGAGGCGCCUCAGGAGGACGGCUGGGGACAUCUCCUUCAGGCCGAGGGACAGGAGGAAAUCCCAUGGAGGCAGAGGGUAGAUGAGGACACAGAUGAGGAUAUGCCAGAUGCAUGAGACGACUAGAGGCAGGGCAUAUCCUAGUGAGGUUUAGAUAAGAGAGUAGUGGAGAGACGGUGAGUAGAUAUCUUUAGGCGAGGCGA